AGCCCACACGCGGUCUCAUCGGUAAGCUGACGGGGUUUUGGAUCUCGCUUCACCGCUUCACUCCCGCGCGGAAAUCUAAUGUGACCGGAGUGGUUUAACAGUUGUGGGACCGCCGAGUGCUGCCGGACGAGUAAGGACUCCGCAGGCUUCCCCAGGGGUUAGCCAUCUGCUGUGCAGCAUGCCCCAUUAUCUUGCCUUCUGCUUCCUUGGCUCCACCCAGCAGUGACCCGGAAGUAGAACCCAAUCGGACAGGAAGUUGGUGUCCGUGAUAAGAUGUCUGUGUGUGGCGAGUUUGCGGAGCACGUUUGGAAACCAGGCUCAUGUAAGAACUGCUUCCACCCCCGCAGUGCCCACACGCAGGUCAACACAGUGGGCGGUGCCAGUGCCAGGCCCAGCGUGGGCGGGGCUAACACCAGGCCCAGUGGAGGCAGAGACGAAGACGGUGGAGGAGUGUCCCCUUCUCCCUACAGUAAGCCCACCAUCGCCGUCAGGCCGACCAUGAUGAACACGGACGCUACAGAGACCACAGUAGAUGUCAACGUGAACUCAGACCAGAGCCCAAAGAGUCCCGUCGGGCUGAAGAUCCUGGACCUCUCAACACUCUGCACCGACAUCAACGGCUGCAGCACAGUACUGAGAGAGGCCCUGCUGCAGGCCGGCGCCCCGGGCAAGCGGGACCACAGCGGCAGGCGCCCGAUGUGCGUGCUCUCUCCCACGGGGCUGCCCGAGCCCGCCGCCGUUACCAGCAGCGUGUUCGUCACAAAGGAGGAAAGUCUAAAGGGGAAUGGCAACAGCGACCCCUACAGGGCAAAUCUGGCCAGAAUGGUCAAGAGCAACUACAUGGGUACACAGGAGUCACAAGUUCAGGGUCACGCCCAGAGGAGCUUGUAUCCAGGGACCUGCGAAGAGGUCGUGACCGUAACAUCGUCUGUGCAGGAAGUUCAGACGACUCUCGGGUUGGGGCUUGUGGCGGGAGUGCCGGGAAACAGCACGGACAGCGUGUCCAGGGAGACGUCGAGCACUUCGUCGUCACCGGCAGCGACCCCAGACUCCCGGAACGUCAGUUUAUCGGACUCGUGCUCGUACGGGAGCAGUUCGGACUCGCUGGCAGGAGCGGACGUUUUCCACCUCGCCGGUCCGGAGAGCCCCGGGGAUGCGGUCAGGUGGGGCAGCCCCACCAAGGGUCACCCAGGCAGGAGGGCAGGCAGCGAGCCCAUCUACGCCGAGAGCUCCAAGCGGAAGCUCCGACCCCAGCAGCACACGGAGGUGGGCGCCGAGGUCAACGGCAGCGCGGAAAGUCCGAGGGCGACCAUAACCGUGGUGGCCGCCCACACCGAGGAAAACAACCGGAUAUUCUACCUGAGCAGCCCGGACUCCGCGGUCAGCACACAAUGGCAGCACUUCGGCCCCGCGACCCCCGACGACCCCGCCGGCCCGGCCUUCAGUUGGCCGCCUUCCCCCAGCACCACGGAAACGACCCCGGCGACCUCUGUCGUGCCUUCUGUCCAGACCAAGCCCCAGACCAGCCCCCCGAUCCCCCCCAAGAGAAGCGGCCGCUCCCCGAAGCUGGGCACCUCCAGCCUUUCCCCACUUCCCCUCCCUGAGCUCAGCCCCCCAGCCCCCCAGCCGAGCUCCAGAGCCAUCCAGGGGGAUGCCCCGUCCUCCGGCCCGGCUGUCGCCCCCGCAGAGCGGAGGCAGAAGCUCCGCAACACCCGGAGCCUGGAGGGUCGCAUCGAGGAGGAGGAGGAGGGCGAGGAGGGAGGCCCCAGCAGCGGGUUGGCCGGCCGCGUCGACGGCCCCGCCGUCCGCGGGCCGGGGGCGAGCGGAAGGAGCUGCACGCACGUGAGUGAGCCCGUGCCAGGGACCGACACCAACAAUAGCGGCAGUCAGAAACAGACGGGCACCCGAGCGCAGGACGACACGCGGAGGGGCAGCGUGCUGGGAGGAGUCGCCUCCAGCCCCUCCGCUCUGUCCGCUGCCUCCUCCACACAGCUCCCCGCUGUAGCCGGCGCAGACACCACCGAGCCCAAACCACCUCCACCACCUCCCAAAAAGCACCAUAGGGUAAGCAGCAAGCUGAGUGCAAGUGCAAUGGAGCUGGAUGUCCUCAGUCAGCAGGGUUCAGUGGAAUCUCUCCCACACUCGGUCAAAGGACUGCACAGCUGCAACGCAGCCUCCUCCGACAGCCUGCCGGCCCUGUCUGACUCUGGUGCUCAGGACUCUUCACUUCGCUCUUGCCCCUCCCCAUUUCCCAGCAGCCCCUUGGCAUCCUCACCCGGGUCUCCGCACCCUGAUCCGUUUCCUAGCAACAGCCUGGCACGACAAAUCAAGCCUCCGCCUUUACCGGAGAAGAAGCUGGUGAACCGCACCGUGUCCGCGCCAGGAGAUGCUGGGGUGAGGGGCGCGGCUCGCGCACGGCCACGCCUCCCCUUCUCCAGCUCAGAGAGCAACGUCAGCAGGGCCGAGGGAGCGGGGCUCCAGGGCCCUCAGCCGUUCAGCCACCCGUGCAGCCCGGGAGAGCCCCGCACUUUCUCCGCCUCCAGCGACUCCCUGGACGGAGGUCGACACCCCCUGUGCUCCCGCACCCUCGACGAGCCCCAGGCCAAAGGCCACGGCAGGCUCGGGGGUCACAGCCGGGGGAGCCUGACCUCCUGCUCCUCUCCGCAACUCAGCACGCUGGCGCCCUCCUCCGCCACUGGGGGCGCGGCAGUGGGCGGGGCCGCGGGCCUGGGCUCUGCCCUCCAGCUCCACGCCCUCCUGAGCAACAUGGACAGCCGCGAGUGCAUCUACUCCAAGCUGGGCGGCCUGUACGCAGAGUCGCUGCGGCGCCUGGCCCUGAAGUGCGAGAGCCACUUCACACGCAGCCACGAGGAACAGCAGCGCUUCAGCGAGAGCAACUGGUCCCUCUUCAAGCUGACGCGCAACACGGCCUGCUGCCUGGCCGGAGACGCAGCGUACUACGCCGCGUCCUGCGCCUCAGACGCAGGAAACGCUUACGCCGUGAAGAUCUGUAAGGGCCAGUCUGCCGACAGCAAGCAGGCUCACCUGUACGGGCUGUCCGUCCAGCAGAGCGUGCCCCUCCACUUCAACCUGCAGCAAGACUGCGGCCACUUCAUCGCCUGCGUGCCCCAGAGCAUGCUCCCCGGCGAGGAAGCCCCGGCCCCGCCUGCCGGCCCGCCCGCCGAACCCUCGCCCUCCGCCCCGCCCGAGCAGGAGCGGGUGGUGGUGAUCGCGCGGGAGGUGCCGUGCCAGACGGCGGCGGACUUCGUGAAGGAGUGGGCGUCGUUCCACCGCGCCCAACCGGAGGUGUACGAGAGGCGUGUGUGUUUCCUGCUGCUGCAGCUGUGCAACGGCCUGGAGCACCUGAAGGCGCACGGCGUGACCCACCGCGACCUCUGCCUGGAGAACCUGCUGCUGGUGCCCCACAGGCGCCCGGCCGCGGCCACCGACCCGCAGCAGCGGCGCCUGCCCCGCCUGCUCAUCAGCAACUUCUCCAAAGCCAAGCAGCGGAGCGCCGACGACUCCGCCCCCGGCGGCGACUCCGCCCGCCUGCGGCGGGACCACGCCCGCCUGGCGCCCGAGAUCGUCUCGGCUGCGCAGUACCGCAAGUUCGACGAGUUCCAGACGGGCAUCCUGAUCUACGAGGUCCUGCACCAGCCCAACCCGUUCGAGGUGAGCCCCGAGCUGCGGGAGCAGGACUACCGCCCGGACGAGCUGCCACCCCUCCCCACCCUCUCCAUCUACUCCGCCGGGCUGCAGCGCCUCGCCCGCCUGCUGCUCCAGCCGGACCCCAUCAAGCGGAUCCACAUCCAGGAGGCCAAGCGGGGCCUGCAGAGCCUGCUGUGGGGCCCGCGCAGGGAGCUCAUGGAGCAGCAGCUCGGGGGCGGGGCCGGGGCCGGGGGCGGGCCGCAGCCCAGGCAGGAUGGCCUGCUGAACUGGCUGGACGUGAAGCGAGCCCUGCUGAUGAUGAAGUUCGCCGAGCGCUCGCUGGAGCCUGAGAGACACGCGGAGCUGGAGGACUGGCUGUGCUGCCAGUACCUGUCCACAGCUCACCCACUGGCAUUGCAGCACACUGCGGAGCUACUGUAUGGCAUUAGGGCAUCACAUUGAGCACUGUGUGUGUGUGUGUGUGUGUGUGUGUGUGUGUGUGUGUGUGUGUUAGUUAUUUGCAGCUGAUGUGUUCUCGAUGCUCUCUCUUCUAUGUAAAGACUUUUUUAAAUACCUCUUGAAAAGAACAACAAAAGUGUGACCUUGGCUGCCAGCAAAUGCACAACGAACGUUUGUUAAAAAAGUCACACGACCCCCGCAUUGAACAUCUCCGUCUGACUCCUCCCCUGACUCCUCCCCUGACCCCUCCCCUUUGUGAGGGGCUUCCAGUCCAAGCAGGACUGCGCCCACACGCUGAGCUCUGGGAACUGACUGCAGCCAGCCUAUACUUGACACCGCUCCAGCCCUGCAGGGCAGAAGAUGUCCAGGAGUGGGGGCGGAGCUAAACUCUGCUGCACGGUAACUCUCCAGGAACAGACGGAGCUAAACUCUGCUGGACGGUAGAUUGCAGGGAGCCAGGAAAGAGCUAAACCCUGCAGGGUGGUAAAUGUCCAGGAGCCUUGGGAAACAGCACACAGAAGCUCCUGUGAAGGGCCAGUAAAAAGCCAGAGUCUUGCUGUUUAUAAACUGCCUGCUGUGUGUGUGUGUGUGUGUGUGUGUGUGUGUGUGUGUGUGUGUGUGUGUGUGUGUGUGUGUGUGUGUGCUGUAAACAGCAUGCCCACAUGCUGUGUCAGCAAAUCCCCGCCACGGUGCUCUGCAUGUCUGUCUGUGUAUGGGUGUGUGGGUGGGUGCACGUGUGUGAACACGUUGGGGGGGGUGUCCCCAAACCGAAGCGCGAGCGUGUCCCCUCGUAAAAACGGCACAGUCCAGAUGAAGAACGUCUCCUCCUCAUUAACAUGUGGCGUUCACUGAGCUCACUGCUUUUUAAGUUGAUUUGAAAUGGCCUGCUGUAAACCGGUCACUAGACUUAAUGACGCUGCAUCACUAGCCCCCUCUAACCCCCUCCCUGAGUCAGGCCCACGCCUGAAAAAUGUGGUUACUGUCGCUUUUUAACAUUAAUGACCGAGCACUGAUCGUUGAGCCUUUUUUCCCUCUGUCUCUUCUUUUUCUCACUGGCAAUGUGAAACCUCACUGUAAAUGUAAAAUAUGAAACAUCAUCUCCAAAAGGAGACAACUGGAAUUUCACCAGGAGAAAUCGCUAUGGUUUAAAAUAAAGAGACGAAUUUGUACAGAAUUUGUAAUAAUGGCAGGCCUGGCAGGUCAAACAGGUCAUAGCUAGGUCAAGGUAAAGCAGGACUGCAGUGACAUCAGCGGUAUUUAUCACAACACUGGAAUGCAUUUGUUUGUUUGUCACUGGAAUGCCUUUGUUUGUUUGUUUGUUUUUGGUUGUCAGAGGCGCUGUGGUCGGAUUGCAGGCUAUGUACAUGCUGUACAACCACAGCCUGUGAGCGCUCCCCGACAUGCUCUGACUGCCAUGCAAACGUUCGCACUGUAGUUUUAAUCAGAGGAUAUCGGUGUUGUAACCCUACACAAACAUUCACACUGUAGUUUUUAAUCAGAGGAUAUCGGUGUUGUAACAUUACACAAACGCCCUGAGCAUUCAUGUCUGUUAUCUACCUGCUGUAUACUGUGACUUUACCUACAUUGACCAAUAAACUGUAAAUACCUUUUCUCUCA